GUGUUUAGUUUAGUAAUGGCUUCUUCGUCAAGAAUGGAAACCAACAGAGUCUGCUGUUACGCUCAUCCGGACGCACCGUUGAUCGAGGAUUAUCGCGCUGGAGACCAAAUUUGCUCUGAUUGUGGCCUAGUUGUCGGUGACAGGGUCAUCGACGUUGGCUCCGAAUGGCGUACAUUCUCGAAUGAAAAGUCUGGGACUGACCCGUCUCGUGUCGGUGGUCCGGAAAAUCCCCUGCUGAAUGGAUCAGAUUUGUCUACUGUGAUUGGACCUGGAAGAGGAGAUGCGUCGUUUGACACCUUUGGCGUUUCCAAAUAUCAAAACAGAAGAACUAUGAGUAGUUCAGACAGAGCUUUGAUAAAUGCCUUCCGUGAAAUCAAUGGCAUGGCUGACAGAAUCAAUCUGGCCAAAACCAUUGUGGACAGAGCAAACAAUUUGUUCAAGCAGGUCCACGAUGGGAAAAACCUGAAGGGCAGGUCAAACGACGCAAUUGCCUCAGCCUGCUUGUACAUUGCCUGCAGACAAGAGGGAGUUCCUCGCACAUUCAAGGAAAUUUGUGCUGUUAGCAAGAUCUCAAAGAAAGAAAUCGGGCGCUGCUUCAAACUCAUCCUGAAGGCACUGGAGACGAGUGUAGAUUUGAUCACCACGGGCGACUUCAUGUCCCGAUUCUGCUCCAACUUGUCAUUGCCCAACAUGGUACAAAAAGCUGCAACCCACAUUGCUAGGAAGGCAGUGGAAUUGGACAUUGUGCCUGGACGUUCACCUAUUUCAGUGGCGGCAGCGGCCAUUUACAUGGCUUCGCAGGCGUCUGCUGACAAGAGGAGUCAGAAGGAGAUCGGAGAUAUUGCCGGUGUUGCCGACGUCACCAUCAGGCAGUCGUACAAACUGAUGUACCCGAUGGCUGCCCAGCUCUUCCCCGAAGACUUCAAGUUCGCCACGCCGAUAGAAGAGCUACCUCAGAUGUAACUGUUUCCUCUGGCUGUUCUCACCAACCAAAACAAAACAAGCAAACCUCAAAAAGGUCUUAAUUCUACGAUGGACUGCACACUUUUUAUCUCAAAAGAGAAUUUUAUGUGCAUUGGCUGCAGUUUUUGUUUUGUAAUUUUUCAAGCCUAAUUCCUGUAAAUCAUUUAAGCUGAUGUCGUAAUUUACUGUUGACAAAUAUUGUAAUACUUCUAUGCUGAAUAUAAAGAAUAAUAAAAAAAGA